AUGGGUUCAGUCCAACCCGAGACCGCCGACAAGCGGGCCGUUUUCUUUUUCGACAUCGACAAUUGUCUAUAUGCGAAGUCCAGAAAAGUCCAUGACCACAUGGCUCUCCUAAUCAACAAAUACUUUGUAAAGCAUCUCGAAGUUUCGGCAGAGGAAGCAACAUACUUGCACCAAAAGUACUACAAAGACUACGGCUUGGCCAUCGAGGGACUGUCGCGCUUCCAUAAGAUCGACCCGCUAGAUUUUAAUCGAGAAGUAGAUGAUGCGCUACCCCUGGACGAACUUUUGUCGCCGCAUCCCGAAACACGAGAGAUGCUGGAGUCAUUCGAUAAAUCAAAAGUUAAACUAUGGCUGUUUACGAACGCGCAUAUCACCCACGGCAUGCGAGUCGUGAAGCUACUUGGCAUCGAUGAUCUCUUCGAGGGAAUUACAUACUGCGAUUAUGCUCAGUCACCGCUCGUUCCGAAGCCACUCCCAGAGAUGUUCGCCAAGGCAGAGCGGGAAGCUGGUGCAACAUCGGACACUCCGAUUUACUACGUCGACGACUCUUAUCUGAACUGCCAAGCAGCGUACGCCCGUGGAUGGACCAACGCCGUGCAUCUCGUUGAGCCGGGCGUGCCCGAUCCGCUAGAGAAGGCGAGCAAGUAUCAAAUCAGCGAUCUCUCGCAACUUCUGGAUCUAUUUCCCGAACUUUUGAAAAGCAGUAAUGGUUCGGUAUGA